GCGGCUGCCGGAGGCUGGGCACAGUGCGCAGGCGCAAGUUGUAGUUUCGUGCCUGAGCCAGCCGGUGGACCGAGUGACAGUGAGCCGCGCUUUUGGUUCCUUUCUCUGGAUUGGGAACCUGAGAUGAGGUUGGGUUCAUUUUAAUAACAUUGACGUGUCAGAAGAAAGGGAGUCAUGGCAACACCCCCAGUGCCUGGUACCGGGAUGCCUGGAGCAUGUUCUGGACCCCAGGGCCAGGCUGGUCGUGAAGUUAAUACAGCUUCCCUCUGCCGAAUUGGACAAGAGACCGUGCAAGACAUUGUCUCGAGAACCAUGGAGAUAUUCCAGCUUCUAAGGAACAUGCAGUUGCCAAAUGGUGUAUCAUAUCACGCUGCCACCCAUCAGGAUAGGCAGGGGAAGCUGCAAGAGCACCUUCGACAGCUCUCUGUGCUGUUCAGGAAGUUGCGACUAGUCUAUGACAAAUGUAAUGAAAAUUGUGCUGGCUUAGAUCCUGUCCCGAUGGAGCAACUUAUUCCUUAUGUGGAAGAUGAUAAUACAAAACAUGAAGACCGUAGCUUGUUGAAUCAACUCCGCUUAGCAAACGAAGAGAGGCGGGAAAUUGUGGAGGUAAAUAAGAACCUCAAACUGAAAAACCAGCAACUGAAGCAAAUAAUGGAUCAACUCCGGAACCUGAUAUGGGACAUUAAUGCAAUGUUAGCAAUGAGAAACUAAGUCAAGCAAUUCUUUUAGUAUUUUUGACUGAAUGUAUGCCAGUCAUGGCAAUAAUCAGAGCCAGCACUUGCUAGCCAAGGUUGAUGGCUGGUGUGCAGUUUUAAGUCUUUGUGCAAAAGAGAAUCUGCACAGAAGAGCAUAUCCAGAGCUGAAGGUCACUUUCUGAUAAAAUAUUAAUUUUAGAAACUUAUUAAUCUAUUUGUGUAGCAAAUACCAGGUUUCUCCAUGUUGACACAGUAUAGGGUAGACACCUUAAACCGCAGGGAAUUUAGUACAGUGCUAAAACAGGGAAUUGUGACAACUAUGUGGUUGGCUCUGACCUGUAUUCCAAUCCAACAAAGCUGAUUCUGGAGCCAAGGAAUUAGUGUGUUUUACCUUUUUUGGUCUAAAACAGGUUUGUGUUUGCUUUAAAUUUUGAGAAUUACCUUACAUUUGUAGCUGAGCCUUUUGUUUGUUAGUGUACUGUUCAGAUUUUAAGAUCUACAAUGUCCACUGCUGCUGUCUUUAAAAUUGGACAUGCUCUACAACUUUUUAAACUUUAACUGAAUGUAGAGAACUUAAAGCCUAAUCCAAGUAUAGACUUUCAAUGCAUCAACCUCGUAGUUCUGUAAAACACUGUUCUUAAACCUAUGCAUAGAAAUUCUGAUUUGUUGAAUGAUGUUGUUACA